AUGUCGGGCGGGCCCCCCAAGGGCCUGCCGUCCACCGGGCCCCACUCCCUGCUCGACAUGCCGCACCCGCUGGCCGGCUCCAGCAGCGAGGAGGCCGUGGGCGGCGACAGCACGCCCAGCCCGGACCUGCUGAUGGCCCGCAGCUUCGGCGACAAGGAUCUCAUUUUGCCCAAUGGUGGCACUCCUGCAGGUACUUCGAGUCCCGCUUCUUCAUCUUCCCUUCUCAACAGACUUCAGCUUGAUGAUGACAUUGAUGGUGAGACCAGAGAUCUCUUUGUCACCGUUGACGAUCCCAAGAAGCAUGUCUGUACUAUGGAGACCUACAUUACUUAUAGGAUCACCACCAAAAGUACGCGGGUGGAGUUUGACCUGCCGGAGUAUUCUGUCCGUCGAAGGUACCAGGAUUUUGACUGGCUGAGGAACAAACUGGAGGAGUCCCAGCCUACUCAUCUCAUUCCCCCGCUUCCUGAGAAGUUUGUGGUGAAAGGUGUUGUAGAUCGUUUUUCAGAAGAGUUUGUGGAGACCAGAAGAAAAGCUUUGGAUAAAUUCCUAAAAAGAAUUACAGACCAUCCCGUGCUCUCUUUCAAUGAACACUUCAAUGUUUUCCUUACUGCUAAGGACCUGAAUGCCUACAAGAAGCAGGGGAUGGCCCUGCUGACCAGAGUGGGCGAGUCCGUCAAGCAUGUCACCGGAGGCUACAAGCUGAGGAGUCGACCUCUUGAGUUCGCAGCCAUCGGCGACUACUUAGAUACAUUUGCGCUCAAACUGGGAACCAUCGACCGGAUAGCUCAGAGGAUCAUCAAAGAAGAAAUAGAGUACCUUGUAGAGCUGCGAGAAUAUGGGCCUGUGUACUCCACGUGGAGUGCAUUAGAGGGUGAGCUGGCCGAGCCCCUGGAGGGGGUGUCAGCUUGCAUCGGCAACUGCUCAACAGCCUUGGAAGAGCUGACAGACGACAUGACAGAAGACUUCCUACCUGUGCUCAGGGAAUAUAUUUUAUACUCUGACUCUAUGAAGAGCGUCCUGAAGAAGAGGGACCAAGUGCAAGCGGAGUACGAAGCCAAACUGGAAGCUGUGGCUCUGAGGAAGGAAGACCGCCCCAAGGUGCCCGCAGACGUUGAGAAAUGUCAGGACCGGAUGGAGUGUUUCAAUGCAGACCUGAAAGCCGACAUGGAGCGAUGGCAGAACAACAAGAGGCAGGACUUCCGGCAGCUGCUCAUGGGAAUGGCGGACAAGAACAUCCAGUAUUAUGAGAAGUGCCUCACGGCGUGGGAGUCGAUCAUUCCACUACUGCAGGAGAAGCAAGAGGCCAAGUAAGUUCCCUCCUGGGACAGAGACUCUUCGACCUACACAGGGCAUGGCGUCCCAGAACGCCCCUGUCAUGCCAGAGGCCCGGCACUGAGAAAACAGCCACAGAAGCAUCUCUCCUUUGUGUAUUUCUUCCCCUGCCCGCCUCUCCCUGUUCGUCCACCGCUGGUUUUCCAUUAGUAUUUAUUCCUUGGUGGAGUCCGCAGGGCUGGCGUCAUCCCUCAGCGGAAGCAGCUUACCUCCAUGGCUCAAAGGAGCCGACGAAAUGGAACAGCUGAGAAGACGUACAGCCAAGGGCUGGGCCGGCCUGGCUGACAUUCCGACAUCUCAUCAUGGAGGCUCCUGUCUGGGGGGCCCGCAGCGUUGCCUCUGCUGGGAGAGAGCCCGGCUCUUGCUUUUCGAGGACACGAGGAAGGCGUGAACAGAAGGCAGCCCCUGUGUUCUGUGGACACAGGGUGACUCCAGGAUGGACCCUGUGGGCUACUGACUCAUCACAGCUGAGGUGGAAGCAUUGGCAGCUCCGUGGAAAGCCCUUCCCUAAUGGACCGUGGCCUGUAGCUGUGAGCAUGGCCUGCCAGCCACUCGUGAUGAGCGACAGCUGUUUUGUGGCUCCCGGGUCCCUCAGGACGGUCUCCGUCAGCGUCCGUGCACGUCUGUGCUGAAGUGAGCAAGCUGGCAUCCUUGGCCUUGCACAACACCUUGGGAAGCCGAGGGGGGCUGUGCUCCCCAGACUUGUUUCUCACACUAGAAUGCAGUAGAUCGGAAACUUGGUUUUGUGUAAGAUGGAAAAAAAAAAAAGGUGCAUUUUUCUCUGUGAAGUUCUUCAGUGUUGUUUUUUGGCUUGUAAAAUGCCGUCAGAGUAGAGAUUAGGCCCGUCGUGGGGAAUCCGUGUGGCCGGAAGUCUGAGCAGCUCCCCGGUAGUGGGGAUUGGCAGGUUCACGCCAGGCCUCAUUCCCACACCUGCCCCGUGCCAUCUGCCUUCACCUCACCCGAAAUUCCCCAUUUAGUGUUCCCUGCCGCGUCCACUGAAUGUUUGGGCAGACUUUUGCUGAGAGGCCAUUAGCGCUGUCGUGACACGGUCAAGAUUUUGUAAACUCAACGUGAAUGUUCUACAUGAAGUGCUUUAACCCUUGAUGAUGUCCCCAGUCAGGAAUAGAAGUCCGUAACCGGAUGGGACUUGGAGAGGACUAGCGUAACAGAGAUGUCUUUGCUUCUGGAUAAGCUAGACUCUCCUCCGUUCGAGGAGCCAAGCUCCUGGGGACUGCCGGUGGCGUCUCCCAUCUUCACUUCACACUACAACCAGAGGAUCUAUCUUCCAACUCAUUUUGUUUCCUCCUGAAAUGAAGCUGCCUAGGUCCCGUUGUGUUCUGUGGCUCAAACCCCUCCAAAAGUCUAAGUGUGAGCCUCAUAGAGGCAAGCUGUGUUGAGACGUUGGCGCAGAUGCUGGCCAACCUGCAGAUCCGGAGCUCUGUGCAGCGUGUGCUCAGUGCUCCGUCCCACGUCCACCUGCCACGUUGACCUUGGACAGCUGCCGUAGUGACAUCAGUGGCCUGGCAGAAGAAUGGCACAGAACCGUUCAGUUCUGUUUCAUCGUGUUCAAAUAAGUCACAGUUUAAAAUGAGAAGCCUCAUAUCAUUUGGUACUUGCCUGCGCUGUCAGACCCACUCGUGGCAUCCCAAAAGCCUGCAGUGCGGAUUUUCAGUUUGGUACAGUUAGAAGUGAUCCCUUGAAGCAGAACGGUAAGGACGGGCUCUCUACCCAGAGUGGCGAGUCAGUGUUUCACACUACCUCUACACCGUCACGUUAGUGCAGGUCUGGAUGUCUGGGUCCAGCCUGACAUUUUGCUGGUAGAACAGGGUUGUGUAUCUAAUGAAGGGUCGAGGGCCCUCUCUUGCUAUUUCAUGGAAGGCACUAGACUGACCUUAGCAGCAGGUGCUCAUCUGCAGGAACGUGCCAGGCCUUGCCUUGUGGAAUGUGUGCUUUAAAAAUGUUGUCCAGCACAACGAGUGCUUGGAAAGAACAGGGGAAAGAGUUGCUGGAAGACCAGAACCUCACCUGCCACUUAGUUGCCAAAGCCCGGGAGCAUUCCUGUGUAAAGGUUAGUUGGGAAGGAAGGCAGCCGUUCAAAAAAGUCAUUGGGUUCCUCGCUGGGAUGCACGGGAAGGGAGUGGGGGAAACACAGUCAUUCCUUACCCCACUGGAGGCAGAAGACGAGCUCAGGGGGGAAGCAGGCAUCCUGGGAUUUGUCUUUCUCUCUUCGUGCCCCUUAUGAUGUUUCUGUGCGUUAAGACACCAGGGAGAGCAGGAGCAUUGACAGCUGAGCUGGGAGAACCAGUGCACAGUACAGACUUCCCUGCAGAGACUCUUGUUCCCCGAGAAGGGACCCUCGCCCCUUCCUCUUCAGGUUGCCGUCAGAUGAGGUGAGGAGGCUGGUCUAGAUAGAAGGCAUGGUGGGCAUGAGGGAGGCUCCCUCAGCCCCCGCGGGUCACCGGUCCGGGGCAUUUGCCCCUUCCUCCUGGUGGGCACAAAGGUGAUUCCCUGUGAAAAGUGACUCGGAGAUUUCCGUGCCAAAGACUGCCUCCUAGAGGCUUCCUCUCCCCAUCCUGCAUGGCUCCACAGUCGUCGGGCAGAGCUCGCUGCCUCCUCUCUCAGAUUUCUGUCCAGGGGGCUUUUGCUCGAGGACACGCUUGACCUCAGGCAGACAGACUGGGACAGGUUUUGAAUCUUGAGCACAUGGCCACAGAAUGGAAAGUGAUCCCUGUCCACUGUCCCUCGUAUGUGGGAAGUGAAAGGUUCGUUCACCCAGGUUAAAAAUCCAGGCUCAGGCAGAAAAGAGGAUUCCCAGACACGGAGCAGUGUUGGAGAGGCAGGUGUUGAAGCGGGCAAGUGUGCUUCAUGGCAGGCGUGGACCCUGGCCGCCUUCUCCUGUGCUGGAUCCACAAGAAGAUUCUAGGCUACUCUGCCCAAUGCAAAGAACCGAGUUCUUCCCGAACGAGGAGGGAACAUGUUACACAGCCAAGUUUGGGGUUGGGUUUUGUCCUCUAAGACUUAGUAAUGAUUCCCGGUGACCUCAGUUAAGUGCAAUUAUGGAAAGGAUUGGCUCGUAUCACUGUGCCACUCAUUGAACUCCCCAGACACCUGUCUUUAGGUGAGUAACAGUAACAGAUCCAACUCCAGGGGUUCGUGGUGAAUGUCAUGGAACUUUGUCUUCAUGCCAAAUGUCAGCCACAACUGGAGUGUGUGUGCUGCAUGUUGUGGAAUUAAGUAUUUUUUCAGUCACCUUCCUCGCAAGGUCUUUGAAUACUCUCGUGAGGCCACCUUUGUGUUGAAAUGGUAGGAAGUCCUGCUUGAGAAGAGGGUGUGGUAGCUGGGUGGGCAUAUGCAAGUGGGGUUUCUCUCUUGGGACGGCCAGUGUCAGCCCAGGAUACAUCCAGAGUCCGAGGGCCUGGGCCCUGCUGUCCACAGCACUGAAAUCCAGGCCCUGGCUUUGUUCUGAAACCAUUCAUUGGAAUGAGAGUAGUUCUUCUUUAGACUCUGUCCCGAGAGAGGGCUGGAGAGUGGGACCCACCACAGCCCCCCAGGUCCGUAUCAGCCUCAUGUCUGUGGGUCUCCGAAUAGGUUAGAACUGGAUUCUCCUCUGGCUGCCCUAAAGAAUGCCUCUGCCCAGAAGGUGGGCCACCUGUGGUCAGGGCCCGGCACAGCAGGCCUGCCGCCUGCCUUCCCAGACACCUGCUCGAAAGGCCCAUGGAAGCUGGGCAGUCUUGUAAGGCUGGAGUAACAAUUGCUUUGGUGAUCCCCGCUUGCAGGAUGUUUUGGGAAUUUGGGUUUGCCUUCUCACUUUCAGGAGUUCUCAAGAUGGUGACAGAUGGGACAGGCCCUCUUAUGUUUGCUCCAUUCAGAUGGCAGGUGGCAUUUGUCUGUAGAUUUAAGGAAAAUGUCAUCCCCUGCGCCCGACGGACCUAUAGAGCUGGGUGUGUUGGAGUUUUCCGCUUCCUCGUGUUUUUUGGAUUUAACAAAUAAACCAAAAACCUGAUUCUUUUCAUCAGUUCACCCAGUAGGUGGUUAGCUUUCUGUUUUAAGGAUGGUCUCCCUCCAGCUGCCCAGAUGAGAAUGUGCGCAGGGCUGUCCGCAUAAGAAAAGGCAGAGGAUGGCCUGUUGUCGCAGGGAGUUGGACUGUUGUCCCUUAAUCAUGUGUGUUUGAAAUGCAUUCUGGAUAUGACUGUCCAACCCUUUCUGUGUGGCAGCAAAAAUAUGUCAUCUGGGUAGUUUUUAUUACUCUAGAUAGCCUGUAAGUGCGUGCUUUGGAAAAAAUAACUUUAAGAAAACCAAUAAGGUAUUUGAGUCAGAAACAUUCUUUGUAGUUAGCACUGGAAAAUCAACAAACCCAGACUUUUAAAAAUGCCACAGAUUGCUGAAAGCCUAACUGCUUUUUGAGAAUGGUCAGCACCUUUUCAUAUGCCUUAUUCUUCAACUCAUGUGUUUUAGAUUCUGGGUAGAAGGAGUUUUUAGACACAUAAUUGGUUGUUGAGCUUAAUACUAGAGGCCUAACAUAGCCCAUCCUCAGCCCUCCUUAAGAAGAAAGUGAGGUUCAUAAAUAGGGCUGCCUUUUGGGAAGAGAAAGCUAAGUGUUGCUAUUGCCAAAUGAUAUUUUUGAUAAUGUAAGGAGACACAGGGACCACUAAACCAUUUUGUUUGUUCAUUUGUUUGUUUUAAAGUGUGAAAGAUGAACUCAGUGCCUUUUGGCACCCUCUUGAUUGUAGAGGAUAUAUGGUAUCUGGCAUCGACAAAUCACAGAGACACAAAGAACUCUAGAUUGUGACAGUAUUAAUGGUUUACCCCAAUUCUGCAGAACAGCUUUUAAAAAGAUAACCGGGAAACAGGUGGGUGGGGGUGGGGGGAGGGCCUCAGAUCAGUGUGUUUCAGAUAGAAAUUCUCCACAGGUUGAAAUGCCAAAAACCUAAGCCCUACUGUGUCGCCUCACGUACGUUAGUCCGUUUCUGCAGAGCUUUCCCCAUGAACACCAGUGACUGAGUAUUACACACACACACACUCUCCCCCCAACUGUGCCGCCUCCCUCCCCAGGUGAUCCCGGGCUCCCUGUGGGCCAGGUCAAAGCAGGUGACACCUGUCCACACCUCUGCUUGACAGGUGGUUCACAGUCUCAGACCAGCCCUGCAGUCACAGUGGUACUGGAAGGAUGAAAGGGGGAUGGCUGUUUCCCCAGUGUGGAAACCGGGAAGGGAGAGGAGGUUGCAAACAAAAGGUGGAUCGGUGUGAUCCAAGGACACGUGUGUCAGCUGGGCUUUCGUGGAACAACAAACCAGCAGCUCUUCACAGUCAGCACCAUUCACCGGGACACUCCUGAGGUUUUGGUCCUGUCCAGUAGACGCCCUGUCCAUUGUACAUCCGUGUGCUUGAUCCCCUUGGUGUCUGUACGUUGGGAAUGCAUUGAGAGCUGAUGUCCACCUGAUAUCUUCCCACACAAUAAACUGCCAGCAAACUUUCUAACUUGUAUUUUAACUGUUGAAAAAGAGAUUCAAAACUUUUGCUUAUUAGGUCAUGUCCAAAGGAUGGACUGUAUUUCUUAUUUUUAGAAAUCAUUCUUUACAUUUAAAAAUUUAACAGAACCCCCCAACCAAGGUAUUGAUAAAGUCCUCUGUAUAAAUGUUUUUCUCUUCUCUCCAUGCUGCCAAUAAGCCAAAUCAAAAGCUGUGAAAAAAAAAAAAGUGCUCAAGAACGUGUGUAGAUGAGAAAGUGAUUUAUUUCCAGGUCAAAGUCUCUGUUUCAUGAAGCUACCAAACUUUAAAAAGAAUGUCACCUUUUUUUCCCCUUUGUUAUGGAACCCAGAGAUUGUAAAAAGAAAAAAAAAGUUUUUGUUGCAUUUUUGAUGCUGGCACGAGGUUUUUGUCCACUUUUUUCAUAUAUCUGUGUAUUAAAAACUCUGUCCAUUGUUUACUAUGAAAUUAGUAUUACAUUUUGAGGUAAACAAAAGAAUUUGUAUUGCUUAAUAAACUAUUAGCUUGUAAAUUUAAGAGGUUUCUUUUCCUCAAUUAACUUAAAGUAAUGGACCAAUAAACCUAUGAAAGAUGCUUUCUUUA